AUGUCAGGAGUAAAGGUAGACUCUGAACUGAGUAAAGAAGAGGUCAAAGUGAGGAAAGAGGCAGUUGAACGAGAACUGCAGGAUAGGGUAAUUGAACCCGCAGAAAUGGAAACACCGCCAGGAAGGGUAGUGUGCGAGAAAAGAGGAGUAACAGGUGAUUUAAGGGAGAUAGCACAGGAGUUGAUAAAUUCGUUGGAAGCACAAGGAUUCUUAGAGAAGACUAAGCCAUCGGAAUGGUUAAGUCCUUUAUCAUUGCAGAUGAAACCAUCGGGUAAAUGGAGAUGGUGUGCUGACUUAAGGAAACUGAAUGACAUGACAGAGUAG